CCAUUAGGCAUGUCUACCGAUAAUUCAUCUGUCCCGCAAAAUCCACACACUCUAAAUAAUGUGGUUGGUGAAAGCAAUGAAACUAUUAAUCAAUCACAUGAACAAUCUGAAGGAGUUGAAAGAGUAGAAUUACAUUCAGAUGAUCAUGACACACAACAAAAUGAAGAAACACACGAUCAAGAGUUUCAAACAAACAAGAGAAAAAAGACUUCAGGUGUGUGGAAUGAUUUUCAUAUGGUCGACAUAGAUGGAGUGCAGAAGGUACAAUGUAAUCAUUGUCAUCAUCAUUUUGCAUUAACUAAAUCGGGCACAACAACUAGCUACAAGAGGCAUCAAGACAAAUGCGUUAAGAGAAAGGCAAAUUUGAAGGUCACCGAUCAACAAACAAAGUUAAAUUUUAUGCCUAGUGAUGGAGUUCCAUCUUCCCUUCCUUCAUUACAUCGUGGAAAUUUUAAUAUGGAAAGAAUGAGGGAGUGUGCUGCUAAUUGGGUCAUGAUGCAUGAGCAUUCGUUUACUAUUUUGGAGGAAGCAGGAUUUAACCUAUUGAUGAAAGAAGGAUGGCCGGAGUGGAAAAAAAUUAGUAGAAAUACAUGCAAAGCAGAUUGUUUGCAGGUUUAUGAGAUUGAAAAGAAGAAGUUGAAGAACAAUCUUGAAAGUGUUAGUAAAGUAAGUUUGACAACAGAUUGUUUGGAAAUCAAAAAAUCAGAAGAUUGA